GCCCCAGUCAUCCCCCCUACAAGGCCGGGGCCUUUUACACCCGCGACCCCCGGGAAAACCCUUCAUGGGGAGGAGUCGAAGUCGUUUGUUUUAACCCGAGAAGACACAGGGUACCAGAGAAGGACGAGGAUUGGGGUAACACCCUCUUUCCAGGAAUUGCCAGAAUUUAGUCAAAAAUAUCAUCCUGAUUUGGAGAAAAAGAAAAUAUUACUUGAGAAUGUUGCCCAAUAAAAAGGGUCGCUCUAAACCAGAUAAUUUAGCAGUUACUGCUGUCGCUUUACAAGAUCACAUUUUACAUGAUCUUCAGCUCCAGAAUCUUUCAUUAAGUGACUUUUUGAAGAACAGAGAUAGACGAGCCCAGCCUCGAAAAAAAAGGAUGGGAAGAGCAGUAGUGAAUACUGGACUAAAAAAACCAAACAUCCAGCACAGGAAAAUGGAAGAUCCAGAAAAAGAAUAUGUUCUCGAUCCUAACCCUCCUCCACUAACUUUAGCUCAGAGAUUGGGUUUGGUUGAACCGCCUUCUUUGCCACUAUCAACGGAUGAAUGGGAAAAAGUGAAACAGAGAUCCAUAAAACAAGGGGAUUCUAUGCAUCCAUGUGCAAUCUGCAGAGAAGAAUUUGAACUCCAGUCCCAGGUGCUGCUUUCAUGUUCCCAUGUAUUUCACAGAGCAUGUCUUCAAGCUUUUGAAAGGUUCACAGGUAAAAAAACUUGCCCUCUGUGUAGAAAGCAGCAUUACCAGACAAGGGUGAUCCAUGAUGGAGCACGGCUAUUUAAAAUAAAAUGUGCAACGAGAAUUCAGGCUAGUUGGAGAGGAUACGUGAUUCGAAAAUGGUACAGAAAUCUCAGGCAAACUAUGCCCCCUAAAGAUUCCAGACUAAGAAAGAAAUUCUUUGAAGAAAAGUUCAAAGAAAUCAGUAAUCGGCUACUGCGUUCAUAUGACACAAACAUUGAAGAGUUUUUUUCUGAAAUCGACUGCUGUGUAGCUGCAAACAGGCGCAUUCUUCAACAGCUGGAGGAAAAGUGUGGCCGAGAAGUUGCUGAAGUUGAAUGGGAGAAAGUCCAAAUGCAGGCCCUUCACCAAGAGAUAUCCGACUGUUCCAUUUGUCUUACCCCACUCUGUCUCCCAACCCACUUGCAGUGUUCCUCUUCAGAGCCGGUCAACAGCCAGUCACGCCACACUGUCCUCCUGUCUUGCUCACACAUGUUUCAUCACAUAUGUCUUCUGGCAUUGGAGGAAUUUUCCUUAGGAGAAAUAUACACCUGCCCCUUAUGUCGUUCGUGCUAUCAAAAGAGAGUUCUUGAAUGUUAAGUUCUGCUUUAACUGGAGGUGUCCAUUUCGGUCAAAUAACUUGAGAAGGUCUAAUUUUCAACGAGUUUGAAUUCACAAUCCACAAGAGACACCUCUCGGCGUAAAUGCUUACUGAUUCUGUACAGGCACCAUCCAUCUUUGCCAAUUCAAAACCAAAUAAAAGUUCUGAAAGCCAAUUAAA